UCUUUGCCAAUGAUUUAAAAACAGUUUUACAGUAGAAACGUAUAAAGAAACAUUAAAGCAAAGGUAUUCACACUAAGCAAAAAUGCAAAAUAACCUCAAAGAGCUCACCUCUCAGCCAACUAAACAAAAAAGUAAUACUUUGUCAACAACUUUUAAGCUUACAAUGAAAGGUGUCCCUGUGAAACCUCCUACACGUAAACCACAAUCCGUUUCAAUUCGUGAUGUUUUAAAUAACUGCGACAUUGCAAAAGCCUUAAAAGGGAAGUUUCUUAUGUCUACGGAACCAAUUGAAUCAAUUCGUGCAUCAUUAGGUAACAGUUUCAUUGGCACUUUAUGCGAUGCUUACAGCUACCACUAUGCUGUUUCUAUUCGUCCUGAUGAUGUCUGGCUCACUAUUGUCAUUGCUUUUGCAGACUACGUUGACAAUCAUGCCGAAGAAAUGCGGCAUCUGUUUGUAACUCACAAGGAUAAAAUGCAACUAGUUGUGAGCGGCCCACCUGGCAACAAUAGCGCUGAAUAUUGGGCGGAUUUAAUUAAAAAUAUGUCAGAUAUGAUUGAUGCAAAUACAAAUCAAAGCGUGCGUGAUUUCAUUGAACCUCAGUUUACCACGACUACACCUAAUGAUAGUUUAGUUGGGAGAGUUGCGCUAAUGGGUACCUUAAAAAAUUAUUUUUCAUACGGGUUUUGCAUGCUUUGUGGCAUACCGCAGGUGACUUUAUUGGGAACCAUUAACGAUUGGGUAAAACUAAAGGAAAAAAUUGUUGAACUUGGAAAUCGAUUUGCUGAAAAUCAACCACAGAUUGGUUGGUGGCGUGACAUCUUGUUACCAAUAGCGGAUCAAUUUAUUGCAAGUUACAAUGGUAAUCCUAAUGAAGAAUUUUGGCAAAGUUGUGCUAAUCAUUUAAGUUACCGAAGCGGAUCCAAUGCAAUAUCUGGUUGGGUGCUUGCUUUUUCCCCGUUUAGUAAUGGUAAAUGGCGUUUAAAAGACCCAAAAGAUAUUCUAGAAUCUGGAUGUUAUGGUUCUAUUGAUAUUGAUUGUUUCAGUACUAGUGCAAAAGUUGAAGUUGGAUUUCAAGUAAAUGACAAUGGAUACGUUUAUGACGCCUACUUUUAUGCGGGAGGUAUAGUAAACACAUACCAAGAAGAUACUAACACCAUACGACCCAGUUUUGAUUUUGCUAUGUUUAAAGUUCCAAAUGGUACAGUUAAGGACAAAAUUAAUUGGUAAAAAAAAUAAUUGAGGUA